CUCUGGGCGGAGGGGAGCAGCCCACAGACGCGGGACAGGGACACAAUCAUUCCACGCCUUCUUCAUGUCAAGAACACUGUGUGUACUCAUCCAUUCCACGCACACUCACACGGCCACUGACAAGGAUUUGCAAUGGCGAAACGCUUUGCAUAUACGUCCUGCGCUCUUCUCUUGGCGUUCACUACUCUGCCAUUGUCACUCUGCACACAAGAUGACCUUAUAAUCAAUACCAGCAAAGGGAAAGUCCAAGGGAAGCGCCUUUCAGUGCUCGGUGGUGAUGUCGGAGUCUAUCUUGGAAUUCCUUAUGGAAAACCACCAGUGGGCAAACUGAGAUUCCGAGCACCAGAGCCCGCAGAACGAUGGGAAGGGGUGAAAGAUGCAACAAAAUAUCCAAAUUCCUGUUACCAGAUUCCAGAUGAAGUCUUCCCAGGUUUCAGGGGUGCAGAGAUGUGGAACCCAAACACUGAAAUGAGCGAGGACUGUCUGUACUUAAAUGUCUGGACCACCUUCAACAAAACCAGUAAGAGCUCAUCACUGGUUCCCGUCCUUGUCUGGAUCUAUGGUGGUGGGUUUACCUCAGGAACAUCCUCUCUGGACAUUUACGAUGGCCGCUACCUGAGUAAAGCUGAAGGUGUGGUUGUGGUGUCAAUGAAUUACAGAGUUGGUGCACUUGGUUUCUUGGCUUUGCCCGACAACAACAACGUCCGGGGUAAUGCAGGUCUGUUGGACCAGCGCUUAGCCCUCCAGUGGGUUGCUAAUAAUAUUGCGGCUUUUGGAGGUGAUCCUUCACAGGUCACGAUUUUUGGGGAGAGUGCUGGGUCAGCAUCUGUAGGCUUCCACCUACUCUCCCCCGGUAGUCAUGGCCUUUUUCAAAGGGCUGUCAUGCAGAGUGGCUCCCCAAUUGCACCCUGGGCAACAGUUAGCAAGACAGUCGCCAAUGAAAGGUCCAUGAAGCUAGCAACAUUACUGGGGUGCCCCACAUCUUCCUCAACCCAACUGGACAUGUGUCUGCAGAAGUUUGAUCCAUGGAGUAUAACCUCAAAGCAGUAUGAUGUUCUCACACAGCCAGCUGUACUAGCCACUCCCUUUGUCCCUCUUGUUGAUGGCGACUUCCUACCAGACGAACCUGAAGUGUUGCUACAAAGUAACGACCUCCCGAAGAAAGAAUUGUUGAUUGGAUUAAACAGGGAUGAAGGAACUUACUUUUUAGUAUAUGGAAUGCCUGGAUUUUACAUCACUGGUGAGAGUCUCAUCACCAGGAAGGAGUUCAUGGAAGGAGUACAGAUUGCAAUGGCAGAUGUUGGCUCUGUCGCAAAAGAAGCAGCAAUUUUCCAGUACACAGAUUGGACAGAUCAAAAUAACAGGAUGAAAAACCGUGACUCUUUUGGAAGUCUGGUUGGAGACCAACUUUUUGUUUGCCCCGUGCUGGAAUUUGCUCAUUGGUACUCAAAACAUGGUGGUAACACCUUCCUCUAUUUUUUUGACCACCAAUCUUCCAUAAAUCCUUGGCCUGCAUGGAUGGGCAUUAUGCAUGGCUAUGAGAUAGAAUUCGUGUUUGGAACGCCACUGAAUACAACCUGGGGAUACACAAGGACUGAAGUGAACAUGACCAAGAGAUUUCUGAAACACUGGGCCAGUUUUGCAAGGACUGGCAAUCCAGGAAUUGAUGGGGCUGCAUGGCCUUUGUUCACCUCUGAGCACCAGGAGUAUGUCACGCUGAACACUAACCUUCCUGAAACGAGGAGGAUGAUGAGAGCCAAAGAGUGUUACUUAUGGAAUAAACUGAUACCAAGUAUACAGAAGGUUUCAGACCCUGGACUACCUUGAUGGGUGGAGCUACCGAACGAGCCACAGGUGUUCCUUAUCAGAGCUACCCCUUUAUUAUCACACCUGUGGCAGCAGGAAGGCGUCAUUUCAUUGAUCUUCAUAGACUCACAAGUCUUCUUCAUCCUUCCAGACGCUGUCUUUUAUUGUUACGGUACAUAUGCUGUUUUGAAUGGUUGCCUUCUUGCCAGUUCGGUAGCUUCCCCCAGUUAGCCUUCCCGUUUUGAGUUCUGUGGUCUUUAUUUUCGGUCUCCUUCCUUUGUGGUGCUAUUUUUGUUGCUGUUAGACCUGCACCAUAGAUUUUUGUUGUUACCUUUUUUUACUUCUUGGCCGCUGUGGUGUGUCGUGCAAGUAAUUAAAAAUCUUCUUUAUUGACACCACCGUGCUUGUUUGCAUUUUUGGGUCCAACCAAGUUUGUGGUGUGACAGUUCUUUGUCUUUGAGGGUUACAGAGGCCUUAUAAUGGC